CAUGUUGUGGCAACAUCAGAAGCUCUAUAAGUAUCCAGUGAUUCUGCAGUGAAGGUAGAAGGUUCCUCCUGGCUAAGAAGACAGAUCAUCCUUCAUCAGCGUGCCUCAUCACUCCAUCUCCAUCAUGAAGUUGUUGGCUGUGUUCCUUCUUGUUUUCUCCAUGAUGGCUCUGACCAGUGGCCUCAGGUUCAAGAUUUGCAGAUUCCGACGUAUCUGCUACCCGGUUUAUAAGCCGUGUCCUCGUGGCUGGACUAGAAUCAACGGUCGCUGCUUUCGCUAUGUUGCCAAAUCCAUGACUUGGGCGAAUGCUGAGAAAAACUGUCUGUCCAUGGGAGCAAACCUUGCAUCAGUUCGCAACGCGUACGAGUACCGCCGGGUUCAGGCUCUGAUACGUGCAGCAAGUCGUAAUUCCAGAGAAGCAUGGCUUGGAGGCUCUGAUGCACAGCAGGAGAGAACCUGGUUGUGGAGCGAUGGAAGUCCUAUGAGGUACACAAACUGGUGUCGAGGAGAGCCUAAUAAUGGUGGACGCAGCCAGCACUGUUUGCAGAUGAACUAUUCAGGUGCAAAGUGCUGGGAUGACUUGUGGUGUAAUCACAGUCGGCCUUUUGUCUGCGCCAAGAGACUCAGAAGACGUUGAGGUUCCCAAAGAGGCCUGAUGUGUAAAACAGAACCAGUGGAGGAUGAAUGCUAGGAGUUUCUGUUUACCUGCCUUUCUGCACCUUCCUAAGAAAACCAAAAGAUAUUUCUGCAUCUUUUCUUCAUAUCAUUUCUCUCUUUAAUGCAACCUAAGGAAUGAAGCGACAAGUAAACAGCAGCUGGAUUGUCUCUCUGUAAUAAGAUCAGACUGAAUGAGUUAUAAUAAAAGAUCAUCUGAGCAAAACUUUCUUCUAUUCCUUGGCUUAGCAAGAAUAAAACUCUGAGCAA